AUGGCACCGAAAACUAGUGGAAAGGGCGCAAAGAAGUCUGGAAAGGCGCAGAAAGUCAUCGCCAAGGGAGAGAAGAAGAAGAAGAGACAGCCAUCUUCGAACUCGUCCCGUCUGGCUCAAUACAACAAACGCUCGACGAUCACGUCCCGCGAAAUCCAAACUGCGGUCCGUCUGCUGGUGCCGGGUGAGUUGGCCAAGCACGCUGUCUCUGAAGGAACCAAGGCCGUCAUCAAGUACACCAGCUCAACGUAG